GGAGCAGCAGCCCGGUGAGCCUGUCGCAGCUCAACCACUUUCCAUAUUCUAGCCAUAACUAUGAUGAAUAAUUCCUCAAUGCCGUUUCAUUCCUGGAUAUACCGUUUUCUUCGAUUAUAUUUAGAUUAGUAUUUUUGUUUUAUUUAUUUGAAGUUUUUAGGUGAGCAUGUGCGUAAUUUUGCGAGGAUUGCCGAGGUGCCACCGGGCAGUGAGUUAGGCAAUAUGCGCCGCUGGGAUAUGAUCAACCGUAAGGCUUAUGGAAUAUAGCCCGGUUUGUCACAGCCUGUAUGCCCUCUGGUCCAGCCCCGUGAAGAAGAAACUAAUACUACUCAGCAUCAUGUUUUUAGUCUGGGUAUACAUGCUGUACUCCUGCGUGGGGUACUGCUCCACCAUGCCAAGUUUGGUGGUGGACAGUUACCGGGGCAAGGAGACUGGUUCGGCGCUGGGCAAGAGGACAGAGAGCAGCAGGACGGACCUGGUGUCCAGACUGCUGGCCAAACCUCAGCCGUGGGAGGAUAUAGAGAGCGACUACGAGGAGCCGUCCAUCAGGACCGCUGCGUCCAGAGACCUGCUCAAUAACGAGCUGGAGACGGACAGAGCCGACGAGUGGGACGAGAUGCGGGGCGAGCAGCAGAGAGCCCCGGAGCCCAGCGCCCUGUCCAGCUUCUCCAACGGCUCCGGGAGCAAGAAGCUGCCGCAGGCGAUCAUCAUCGGGGUGAAGAAAGGAGGGACCCGGGCGCUGCUGGAGUUUCUCCGGGUGCAUCCAGACAUCAGAGCCGUGGGAGCGGAGCCGCACUUCUUCGACCGCAACUAUGAGAACGGGCUGGAGUGGUACAGGGAGCUGAUGCCCAAGACCCUGGAGGGCCAGAUCACCAUGGAGAAAACACCCAGCUACUUUGUGACCAGAGAGGCUCCGGCCCGGAUCGCCGCCAUGUCCCGGGCCACCAAGCUGAUCGUGGUAGUGAGGGACCCCGUCACCAGGGCUAUCUCAGACUACACACAGACACUGUCUAAGAAGCCUGACAUUCCCUCUUUCGAGAGCCUCACCUUCAAAAACAGGACUACGGGGCUCAUCGAUACCUCAUGGAGCGCCAUCCAGAUCGGCAUCUACGCCAAGCACCUGGACAACUGGCUGCAGUACUUCCCCAUGGAGCAGAUCCUGUUUGUGAGCGGCGAGCGUCUGAUCAGCGACCCGGCCGGAGAGCUGGGCCGCGUGCAGGACUUCCUGGGGCUCAAGAGGAUCAUCACAGACAAACACUUUUACUUCAACCAGACCAAGGGUUUCCCGUGCCUCAAGAAGGCAGAGGGCAGCAGCAAGCCCCACUGCCUGGGCAAAACCAAAGGGAGGACCCAUCCGAACAUUGACCCUGAGGUGGUGCAGAGGCUACGGGACUUCUACAGGCCCUUCAACAUGAAGUUCUACCAGAUGACAGGACAUAACUUUGGUUGGGAUUGAUGUGAAAAUUAUGAGAGACAUUUUUGUUUUUUUGUUAAUUUGUUGAGAAGUUAUUUUUUUUUCCUCUGUAGUUCAAUGGCAAGAUGUGGAGAUAUUGCUAUAUAUAUGUAAAAUGUACAGAAAUCUAUUUUAUAAUAAUUUAUUUUUAUUUCUAAGCAAUUAAUUCACUAAGCUGCCUAACCAUAUUUGUACAUAACAUCUGGCCCACAUGUUGUCUCUAACAUUCCUUAAUUUUGAAUUCUGUCGCUCCUCUCUCGUGGUCCUGUAAACUCAAUGGAUUUACUGGUGCUUCAUAAUGCAGAUAAUCAGCAGUAACUGAAGUGGAAACUGGCGUGGAACAUGUAAAAGCACCAUAUUACGGGUACAGAGUCCUCACAGAGAAGUGGAGAACACCUAUCCAUGUGCAUCCUCAUUUCUAAAUGCAUCACACCUUUACCUUCAUCUUUUUCAAACCCUGUCAUUCUGAGUGUGAUUCUUCUAUAAAGUGUUUCACUAAAAUACAAACCUUCCACUUAAGUUUUUUUUUUUUUUCCCCUCAUACACUGGCAUCGGCCUAAGCUGCAGAUCUCAUGUCCCUUUCCACUCAAUAACAGUUAGAUCAAUAGGCCUAAUUGAUCCUCAUUGUGUCACUCGUGCUUAAAGCAUACAGCUGCCCUUUCAUUCUCAGUGCUCCUGCUGCCUGCUCUAAUGAAUGACCCAUCCAUCAAAUGUUAAAUCCUAUCCCGGACCACAUAAGGGCCCAUGUUAACAUUAUGCUAAUUGGGUAAAGGUAACUGGAAGAUCGAUCGAGCCUCCGCUCUCUAACUCACCAUUAGAAGCAGUGUUGGCUCAGAGCCAGGCUCUUGCCCUAUCCAUUCAGUUCAAAGGUCACACAAAGUCUCAAUCAAAUUUCCUUGAGCGGCAUCUGAUUUGUUGUGGAGAGCAGAGCUGGAGCACAGCAGGUCAGGGUGCCUAUGUGCCUUGUUUUCAUGGCAAGAUGGAAAAUCUUUGCGUGAGGUAGCAGAGGCGUAUCGGUCAGAAAUGGAGCAUGAAGAUAGAAAAGAUGACAGACAAACAACAACUAGGCUUCACCUCACUGAAAUAGCGCUCCUUCAAACAGAAGUCCACCAGGCCCCAUCUUAGAUCCCAGACUAAAGAGAUCAAAGGAAGAGGAAAGGUUUUUGUGAAGCACUCUCAGCACAGCAAGAAUUGCCUCAGGCAGGGUUUCAUUGUCUAACCUCUCUAGUGUCAUCAGAAAACCUCAUGUGCCAUCGUCCAUGGCCUAUAUACUUUAUGCCUUAUUCACCGUCAUCAUCCUCACGUGUCGCAUCUCUCCACAACAGAUCUCAACUCUAAACUUGUUGCCAAAAAAAAAAAAACCCUUUGGGUUGAUAUCAUGUUUCGCUACCCCCCUUCACUGCUUCUUUGUUUUUGUCUUUCUGCUUGAAUUCUUGAUAUGCAAGAGGGAGAUAUUGUGUAGUUAUCAUUCUUUGAUGUGCUGCCCCAUCUCAUUGCAGCGGGUGGCAUGCUAUUUUAAGGGCACAGGGAGACGGCCAUGCUAUGAUACGUUAUGCUGUGCUACUCUAUGCUAUGCAUGCUCAAUGUGGUGGCCAUAAUGAAAAUGCAGGGAUGACGGGAAGCGAUUAUCAGCGUCCAGAGGAGGGCUUCAUGUGUUUAAGCGGGGCCCAGACUGAAUGUACACAACCUAUCCUCACACAAAAUAAUCCCUCAAACCAGUUUCAAAGGUCCGAUUGUCACUCAGCUUUAGUUAAAGUCAAACUUGAUUGUCCUUCUUUCCUUUUGAAGUUAAGGAAAUGUUGUGCCUCUUUAACUAUCCUAUCCAACACAGUUAGCCUGCUCCUGUCAUUAAAACAGAUAAUGACCUUAAUUCAGUUUUCUCUUAGUUUCCCGUUGAAACCAGCUGCCUGGUUUAGCCUCAGACCAAUGGUAGCAGGGGAGAUGGAGGCUUGUUACACUGUACUUUUUGUCAUGUUGUCCUUUCACUCUACCUGAGCGAUGAUUCUCCCAGAGGGAAUUUUAAGCCUUCAUCCCCCCUUCUCUCAUUAGUGCAAUGUUUGUUUAUAAAUAGCAUUUACGGUGACCUGUCUAAGUGAGCUGUUGCGUUGAAGAAGGAAAGUCUGACAUUUUCCCUGUAACUGGUGGAGUACUGCAUUUGAAUUUUGGUCAAGUUCAUGUAAUUGAGGGAAUAUCUGAAAAAAAAAAAUCAAAAUAAAAACUUGCACUCAUGGGUUUGCUCCAUGUUGCUGCAUCGGUUAUGGUUGAGUUUUAUUCAACCUGUUUUGAGAUCUAAAAUGUUAGAAAUGUUUGUCUUACCCACAUAUAAUAUGUAUUUAGACUAGCAGAUCUGUAUGUACAAAAAUGAGAAAGACAUGUAAAUCAAGUAUUUUGUGGUAUGUACAUCAAAGGAAUUAAUUUUACACAAUGCAAAAGCAAAAUGGAACAGAUGUUUCUAGAUGAUUAAAU